CCGGUCCGGUCCGGUCUGGUUCGGUUCCCAUUCCCGAGCUCACCGUGUGUGCGCCUCAGCGCCUUUCUGCUGCUGCUGCUGCUGCUGUACGAUGAGCAGGGGGGAGAAGGAGCAGCAGCGCGCGGCGGCGGCGGGGCAGUGUCGCGGCGGCAACAGCGCGGUGGCGGCGCCCCCGAGGCGCGGGCGGUGGUUCGACGAGGAGCCGCCCACCACGACGACUGCGGCGGCGGCGGGGCGCGCGGGGUGGAGGUGCCGGUCCUGCGCGGCGGUGGCGAUCGCGGACUGCGUCGCGCUGGGCUGCUGCCCGUGCGCGGUCGUCAGCCUGCUGGGGCUGGCGCUCGUCAAGGCGCCGCUCGUUGUGGGCCGCCGCUGCGUCGGCCGCCUCAGGAGGCGCCGCCGCUUCCUGCUGCACAAGAAGCGGGUGCGCGACGUCGCCGCCGCCGCGGCGGCGACGACGAUAACAGAAGCGGCGCGCGACUGCGACAAGGGCGCCAAGGCGGGGACGCCUCCUCCGCCCGGCGCGGGCGGGACGGCGGCGGCGGACGCCCCCGGCGCGGCGACCGCGCCGGCGCCGGCGCCGGGCCAGGACGAGGCGGCGGAGCUGGCGUGGCUGGACGAGAUGUACCGGGUGGGGCACUGGGGCUUCGGCCGCGUGUCCUUCUCGGGGAAGACCCCGUGACCGUGAAUGCGCCGCCGCCGCCCGCCCGCCAUUGGGCUAGCCGCCAGCCGCGCGCGGCGCACUGGGAGCCUGGGAGGGGAGCAAGUCCUCGUCGGACGUAGUACGCGUCAAACGUGCGGCGCUGCUGCAUGAUUGGUGCGCCGACGGCACGUGGCUGCUCUGAUUUGAUGCUUCAUUUUUUUUUUGUAGGGGCGGGGUAGAUUUCAGGUCGGGCUUGUCGGGUGCACGGCACGUUUGGCGCCUAGUUUGGGCCCGGCCCUUUGGGUUUGGUAGUUCUUCGCUGCGGAGGUGCACGGCCUGUUAGGGUGAUUGAAUUGGCAGCCUUUUUUCCAUGCACGGAUCACACGAUGUGAAGUGCCAUUUGUUCCGUGCGGAAGGGAAAACAGAAGUUUCAAUGGAAGA